AUGGCGCCGGCCUCCGGUUUUUUGGAGCUCAAACUAGAUUAUUCGGCGACCAACGCCUACGCCGUCGGCGACAUGCUCACCUCCGACGUCUUCUCGGCCGAAAACGGCGGGGAUGGGACGACGGACGUCUCCUUCGUCGUCGACGGCGAGAGGUUCGCCGCCCACCGUGCCGUGCUCGCCGCCCGGUCGCCGGUCUUCAGGGCGGAGCUGUUCGGCGUCAUGUCCGAAUCCACCUCGUCGUGCAUAACGCUGAAAGAUAUCGACGCUGCAACGUUCAGAGCUCUACUCCGGUUCAUCUACACCGACGACUUGCCGGCCGCAGACGCCGGCAAACUCAAUCAUCAGGGCUCCUCGAUGGGCGCGUUCUUCCAGCAUCUGCUCGCCAUGGCUGACAGGUACGCGCUCGACAGGCUUAAGCUCAUGUGUGGCCAGAGGCUGUUGCACAGCAUGACGUCGGAUUCAGUCGCCGGAAUCUUGGCUUGCGCCGAGACAUACGAUUGCCCGGAGCUGAAGAACAAGUGCAUCGACUUCUUUGCCGUCGAGGAGAAUUUCAGGAGAGCCGUGUUCACCGAUGGUUUUGCGAUGCUGGUGCAGAAAUUCCCGCUCAUAGCUGCUGAGCUGAAGAAGAGGAUUGUGAAACCGUAGCUGCAUAUAUAUCUUUUAGUCCUCUAUCGCGUUCACUGCACUUGUGUUAUGUUUUUUUUUUCUAAG